GGUGCUCUCCUCCUCCCGUGUAAACAAGUACAUGAUAUUUCACUGGAGGGGGAAUAAAGCCCGAUAUAAUGCGACGUGUUUGACUGAUUUGCGCGAUCCUGCCGAAUCCCCCCAGUAUCAAAAUCCUCAAUAAUUUCAGCCAUUGCUCUCAGGAUAUGUUGAACCCUUCGUGAUGCCGCCGGCGUCGAACACAACAAUUGGAUACCAUCCAAAAAAUAAUACGACCACUGGUACCGGAUCUUCCGUGUUUACCAAUGCAGCCCGUUCACCUUCACUCAACCAACUCCCUUCCACAAGUCGGCUGACGUACCAUCUCACAGAAGAUGGAAUGACGGUGUUCGGGUCGAAAGGGACAACCACGGCACAGCCAACUGAACGAAGAAAUCGACCUGCUAGACAGGAAACCGACGCAGGUCCUGUCUUGAUACAAGAUCAUGAAUCUCAGUAUGACAUUCUUCCUCCCGGUUACAACCCUGCUUGGACAUCGGGGGCCAGCAGGUAAUAUAAAUGUCUGGGAAUAUCUUAUGAGAAGGGUUCCAGCUACUGGUACCUGUAUCUCAGUCAUACGCAUACUCGGACUCAAAUUUAUGGUGCAUAUUUAUAGUUUAUACAGAAGUCUGGUAGAAGCUAUCAUGAUAAUGGAG